CUCGCCCUCCUGUUUCAAAUUCGAAAACCCCCGCCGCCUCCGCGAUCGCUCAACUCUUCCGCUGUCCCCACCGCCGCAUAUGUCGGCCGGGGCUCCGCCCUCCGGCCUCCACUUCCCCAUGGACGAUCCCGAUCUCGACGACGCCGAGCUCUGGGCCGUGAUCGACACCGCUGCCGCCUCACGAUCCCGGAAUCCCCUCCUCCCCCUCAAGAACCCCAACCCCCUCGCCUUUAGCCCGUCUCCGAUGGGAUCGAAGUCGUUCAGAAACCCUAGGCAACUGCGCGUGACAGGCGAGGUGGCUAGGGUUCCGCGGGACGGGGAGGUGGUGCAGGAGGAGCACUGGGACCAUCUCCGGCCCCGCAAGAUGGCGAGGUUCGUGGAAUCUGGGACGGUGGUAGACGAGCGCCGGAUGGUCGUCGUCAGGCAUCCGCAGCGGCCGCCGGUGGUGGCAGUCUCGUCACCGUCUUAUCGGUCGCCGGAUCAGGCAAGGUUCGUGGCGAAGUCGGGGAGUCCGGUGGUGGAGAGCCCACCUCCUGAGGGAUGGAAGAGUGAGGAAAAGGAGAACAUGAGCCACAGCUUGGGUGGCCGGUUCCCUUCGGUGUCUUCGUUUAAGCACUACCAGAACACAGCAAUGGCGAUUUUAGAAAAAUCCGACUACACCAUGAUACACGGGAAUCCUUUUAUUAAGAAGUCAGGAUGGAGAAAGAUUUCAUUUUUCUUCAAUCUCUCAUUUGAAAUUAGAGACAAGUCCAUUGAGUUUGAUGAGAACAGGAAUGUUCAGCGUGCUGAAUUUGUUGUUCGUGCAUAUAUGCAAUGCGGCAGGUUCGCAGAUGGCUGGGGUUCAUGUGACCGGCGUGAGAAGAAGUUUUUGAAACCAAACCAUGACAUUCCUAGUACAGCUGAAACUCGAGCUAAAAAUAAAGCUUGCCAAGAUCUUCUUGGAAUUGGAGAGUACCGACCAGGUGUUGUCAAUGGUCUUCACUAAGUAAAACAGUCGUUAUAAGAUGUAACUCAAUGUUGCUUUCUUACAAGUUCUAUCAAAUCAUAAUGAUCUGGAUGACACGAAGCUGCUAAUCAAUUUUUUUGGAGAGGGAAGAGGGCGACUGUAAAGAAGAAGUGAUAUCCUUUUGUAAUGGAAAGUACUUACGGAAAAAGCUGAGAUAUGGUCAGCUAGCUUGCUGAUAAACAUCUCCAGGAAUCAUUCAUGUGUUGCUGGAAGGAACAUGUAACUGACAAUGAUAAAUGGUAAGAAUUGAGCUAUAUAUUCUUCUUUUUGAUCCAA